CACACCGUCCAUGCGCACAGAACACCGCGGGCAGUCUCAAUUUGACGAAAUACGAUAAUUGCGAAAAUUCUUAAUCUAAUAAAUAAUUCUCUUUAAAAAAAAAAACAGUGCAAUCACGUAAAAUCCAAUAGUCAGUGAAAAAAAAUUGAUUGAAGAGAAUUUAGCGUGUGGAUUUUGGUCUUGACCAUCAAAAACACUUCGAUGGGAUCUCUGAAACGGGAAUGGGAGUAUCAGAUACAUUGAAUUACGUUCUGUUUUCUAAUCCCGUCAGCUCGAGUGCCGGUUCGUUUGCGAAAACUGCUGCAUCAGCUGCAAGUCGCUGUUAUUUUUUAAUAAAAAAUAAGAGGAAUCAAUUUAUUUCUUGUUAUUGCCUGAUUUUUGGAGACUGGGUAAUGCUUGACAAUACCUGCUUGUAUCAUACCUUACAUACCUGUAGACUCGAAACCGACACCUUUCGGGGAACUCUACAGACACCAAACAAUAACAAGAAGAAUUGAAAAGUUGUUAUGCUCUACGUUAUGCUGGUGGAAAUCUUCGACAGUCGUUGGAUAAUGAAUCCAGAGGUGUUUUCCUGAAUAUAUUAUGGACCUGUCAUCCCAGAAACGUGCGAGAAUCUGUAAACGAAAGAGGUUAGCCAAGAACAGAAAACGAAAUCAGAGAAAAGUUGAGGUUAGGAGUGCAAAACGUAGAAAGACUGUUUCUAGCAACGUUUCAUGCCUUUCAACUGACGAAAUAAAUUUUCCCCCAAUGUACGCCGAAAGUUUCUGGGAAAAUUAUAAGCAAGCUCAGGAUUGGCAGCAGAAACACAAUGUCGCCUGGUGGAAGUCACGUUGUAUUGCUCUCGAGCACGAGAAUCGAAUCUUGAGGAGCAAACUGCGAGAACUAGUUCAGCAUUCCAAUUACAGCGAGGCACAUCCGACACCUUCCAAUUCCCAUUACAAUCCCCUGAAUAAUUCAUCGGAAGAGGCCAACCUGGAGUUUCAUGUCGAUGAGGACAUGCUCAGUUUUCUGGAGAAGAGUAUCCGGCAUAAAAUGGAGUUGAAAAAGAAUCGGGAUGCUGAAAAACUUGAAUCCAGAGAAAUUAAUGAAAAUCAUAAUCAUCCAGGUAUUAGAGAGAUUCAGGAUCACGAGAAGAUGGAGAAUGCCAAAGAAUUGUAUGGAACUGCAGCUGCAAAAAUAAUAGCCAUGGAAACAGCUCUCCAAAUGGCUGUCGACCGAUACAGAGAUCAAACCAAACCCCAAUAUUGGCCCAACAUUCCCUUAAAUCCCUAAAUCCACCGUGAGAUGUAGAUUUUUCAAUAAAUUUGUAUUAUUUAUUCGUGUAGGUGAUGAAUAAAGAACGAGGCGAUCGUCAUUGAAA